CCAUUGGUCAUGAAACCAAAAUGUUUUAAACUCGCUGACAGUAGGGUGGGGCGGGAUUAUUAUAGUAAUUAUAAACAGUAAUUUGUACUUUAUAUGUACUUUAAGUAAACCCUAUAGUUUCGCAGAAUUACACUGUUGCUUAUUUUAUAUUUGGGUAUACUUGGAAACUUUUCAAGUUCUGUAUUAUGGCUCUGUAUUGUGGCUGCAUACCAAUAUAUGGCUAGAAGCCUGUAAUGAACCAAAUGGAGGAGUCUGGGAAAGAGCACGAUUUGGGAUUUAGCUAAUAGCGCUUUAGCUCAUAGCACACAGACUGUCAAAUAGAACGGUUGUUUUGGUUAUAAUGAAGGAACCAGCUUUUCCAAUUUUUCAACGUAUCUUUACAAUUAAAAUCCAGUAAUAAUGGUGGAAGAGCAAUUCAUAUGACUUUUGGUAUCUCAAUAGUUUAGGUACGUACUGUUACAACUGCUAGCUAUAUAGCUACGUCUGCUAGAACUAGCUAGCUGCAGCCAGGACUUGUUUACAUUAUACAAUACCAUGGACAGGGAGUCCUAUCAUAACAGCUGCAGCCUUGUCAAAAUACCGAGGCAAUCCUACGAACAAUUUUGGUCUUCGCACUUUGUUGAUUACAUAGAGAAGGAUUUGAGCUAUUCCAAAUUCUUAAAAAAGUACUUACUUCCCAACCAUCCAUGCAUGUUCUCAAAGAGAUUUACUGAAGACUGGAAAUGCAGGAAACAGUGGGUCACUGAUGAGGGGAAGCCCAACUUCCAGAAACUGCUGCAGCAAUUUGAUGAGACUCCAGUUCCUGUUGCAAACUGCAAUGCGAAAGAAUACAAUGCAAACCCCAAACAAAUUGUUACUUUCAAAGAAUAUAUUCACUACUGGAAAGAAUACAUCCAGAAUGGACACUCGUCACCAAAAGGAUGUCUCUAUCUGAAAGAUUGGCACAUGUCAAGGGAUUUUCCUGAACACAACGUUUACACCACACCAGUCUUCUUUUCUUCUGACUGGCUUAAUGAGUAUUGGGAUACCUUGGAAGUGGACGACUACCGCUUUGUCUACAUGGGACCCAAAGGCUCAUGGACACCAUUCCAUGCAGAUGUGUUCCGCUCUUACAGCUGGUCAGCAAACAUCUGCGGCAGAAAGAAGUGGCUCUUAUAUCCCCCAGGCCAAGAAGAGUUUCUACGAGAUAGCCAUGGCAACCUUGCUUAUGAUAUUACUGCCCCUGAGCUUCAAGACAAGGGGCAGUUCCCCCAUGCUGAUGAGGCCUGCCAGCCACUAGAGAUUAUUCAGGAAGCAGGGGAGAUCAUAUUUGUGCCCAGUGGUUGGCACCAUCAGGUUUAUAAUUUGGAAGACACCAUCUCCAUCAACCAUAACUGGCUGAAUGGAUGCAAUGUGGACAUUAUGUGGCAGUUCCUUCAGAAUGAGCUGUCUGCUGUCCAGAGGGAGAUAGAGGAAUGGAGGAAUACUAUGGACUCAUGGCAUCAGCACUGCCAGGUCAUCAUGAAGUCUUGCUCCGGGAUUGAUUACAGUGAGUUUUCCUCUUUCCUGAAGAUCAUCGCUGACAACCGUAUGUCCUUUUUGAUCUCUGGCACCGGAAACUCCUCCUCGAAUUACCCGCGUCAUCUUUCAGAGACCCUGGCUACAUUGGGGCUUCACCAUGCUGCUUUUGACCUGCAAAGGGUGGCUCACAUACUAGAAUGCAUGCUCUGCAAUGAAGAUUUUAAGAGACUUGAUCAUUCAACUCUUACUUCACAACCUGAAAGUUUACUGCAGCAGAUUAAAGAAACCAUUCAUUCCACUAGAGGGCAACACUGCCUUUACCAAGAUUAGGUCACUCAAUAUGCCUUCUGAGUCUUUCAGUCCAUUUGGAAAAAGGCUUUGGUUUCAGGAGGUUGCCUGAAAGGCUUGUCUGUCUUGAAAUAAAAAUGUUUUCUAUGUUGUGAAUGAGAUGUUGAUAAAAUGACAAAAAUUA